AUGUAACUCAUAAACAGACCGGGUCCCUUUAAAUCGUGCGUGGAGUGGAGCAGGAGGGUUCCCCUGCUGGACCUGAACGCAGUCACUCUCUACAGAUAUCUGCGGCUCGUUCUCGUCGCUUUAGUGAAAUGCUGCAGCUGAAUGACAGCGUAGACCCGGAGAGCCCGGGUGCGGCUGUCUUACACCCGGCGGACUGUGAUGAUGGACUGGAUUUGGCCCGAUCUGGAGCCUCGGUGGCCUGCUGCACCCCGCUACAGACCCUCACGCCUUUUAAAGUCCACAACCCAACCAUGCGAGCCAAAGUCAAGGAUUAUUUCGUCUUUAGGCCAGGAACGAUAGAGCAGGCGGUCAAUGAUAUCCGCACGGUUGCCUUGCCUUCAGAAGACGGAGAGGUUCUGAGCGUGUGGCUGCUAACAGAAAUUGAUCACUGGAACAAUGAAAAAGAGAGUCUGGUUCUCAUAACUGAGAGGUCUCUGCUGGUGUGCAAAUAUGACUUCAUAAACCUCCAGUGUCAGCAGGUCGUCAGAGUUUCCCUGAACGCUGUGGACACCAUCUCAAUCGGCGAGUUCGAGUUCCCCCCGAAGUCCCUCAACAAGAGAGAGGGAACCGGUAUCCGUGUCCAGUGGGAUAAGAGACCAAGACCUUCGUUCGUGAAUCGCUGGAACCCGUGGUCCACUGACGUACCCUACGCCACCUUCACGGGACACCCCAUGGCACACGCCGAUGAGAAGGUGGCCUUGCUCUGUCAGCUUGAGAAUUUCAAGACGCAGCUCAUCCAGGCUGUGAAAAAAGCCCAUAAAGACUUCCCCAUCCCGGGACGAGCCAAUGGUGUGCUGAUACUGGAGCGGCCGCUCCUGAUCGAGACUUACCUGGGCGUCAUGUCCUUCAUCAACAAUGAAGCCAAACUGGGCUACGCCAUGACAAGGGGAAAAAUCGGCUUUUAACUUCUGAAUUCUCCCUCCAUCUCUCUCAUCCUCCAGUCAAGUGCUGUUUUUGAGUGAUAGCGCCACACUUGAGUAUGUGUGUCCAGUACAUACUACGUGUUUUGUUGUGUGGAUAGUGUGUGAAAUGGGCCAGUGGUCACUGCAACAGGAUGUGCCUGAAUGAAGCCAAACCUCUUCCUCCAUUCACAUGUAGUAAAACAAGAAGCUUUCUAAUGUGUUUGAAUGGUUUGAAGAAUUAAGUUUGUUUGUGUUACUGGCAUGCUUUAUUGACCAUUGAAUAUUUUUAACAAAUAUUGUGGCAGUCAGCUAGUUUGUAGGUUGACUGAAUGACUUAAGGAAGCCCUUUUCAGAUGGUUUAGGGUUAAGUGCAUUGCUAAAUUCCUCCUCUCCUGUGUUGCUGUCAACAUAACAACAUAACAUGCCAACUUUCUGUAAACAAAAACUUGCAAUGCUUGCUCCGCCUCCAGUUUCUUCUGAUUGGUCCACUGAUCGGAGCCUUCACUGAUGAGUGGUGCAGCGUGUUAAAGAUUAAAUACUUUUAACUUGACACAGCAUCUUAAAAUGCGUGAAGCUCAUGUGCGAGACAUUGCAAAAGAUGUGAUUCGCGAGGGCAACAGUCCUACAGGUCCAUCUACAGCGUUUACGUGGAGAAAAAAAACAAUAAAAAAGUGCACUGGAAUGAACAAAGUGCAUACUGUCUGAAAGGCCUCUAGUGGAAUAAAAAAAAAUCUUUUUUUUUUUUUUUUUUUAAUUUAACUGUUUUGUAACCUUAAUGCAAAAACUUAACUCAAUACUCAUGGCAGGAUGCUCAAACAAACAAAUAAACAAAUGCACAAGAAGCAUCGCAAUGACUGUAAACAUCCGUUUGUGUUUGGCUGUGGCAACAGAGCUUUAAUGGGGUUUAAUAAUUAUUUUUUUAAGCUUCCAUUUAACCACAUCAGCACCAAACAGCUAAAUAAUAGGCCAAACAGUCCUGAAACAGGGAGUUUUGUCUGCUAGGGUGGUGUUGGCGCAGUGGAUAAGACACAUGCCUUUGGUGUGAGAUACCUGGGUUCAAAUCCACUGUGAGACACCAAUGUGUCCCUGAGCAAGACACUUAACCCCUAGCUGCUCCAGAGGCAUGCGACCUCUGACAUUACAUAGCAAUUGUAAGUCGCUUUGGAUAAAAGCGUCAGCUAAAAGAAUAAAUGUAACUAAUAAAUGGAUGUACAUCCAACGAACAUACAUGUUCAAGACCUGAAUCAUAUGUUUUUUUUUUUUUUUUUUAAUGUUAAUCUGAGUGUGAUGAAUUAAUGGGGAAAAAAAAGGGUUUCAAUUUGGUUCUAUGCAUGGCUUGUUGAUUGUAUUUGAAAGGUGAAAAUAAAUAAUUAUGCACAGAAGAAUCAUUCACUAUACAAUCUAUAACAUGCAUUUGAAAAAUAGAUUUAGAAAUAGACUUAUAAAUACCAGUGGAGUUUAGAGAUUCGACUUCAAAUGUGUUCACAACUGAUCACAAAACCAAAAUUACAUAUAAAUAUAUAUUUUACAAAUGAUUUGCAUGAAAAUGUGUUUGGUUUGUCUCAUGAAUAGGGUUUAAUGUGGCUAAAAAGAUUUCAAAACUUAAAAACGGUACUACUAUCAAAACAACUAAGGCUUACAUUAUAUCAGAUGUAUUUAUUUUACUCGUAACUGCAGUGCUUUUACAGAGAGGUUGAAACUCUCUGAAUAAAGAUAAUUUGGACUGUUAAUGAAGAUACUAAUUAAGAUUUUGCUUUAGUACUUUGGUAUUGCUGAAAUGAGAUCUCUAAUAAUCUCUCUUUUGAUUUCUUCAGAUCUAGACCCAUGAGUCCUUUAAAUUUAUAUUCAAUACCAUCUGUCCUCUUUGCAAAAUGUAACACUUUUGCAUAAAGUAAAUAAAGCUUAAUUCAAAAUGUAUAUGGUCACAUUGCAAUUAUCAAUGUGUGAAAUAACUGUUGUAACAGAACAAACAGUACUGAUAGCGUUAUUUUUAGAUAUAACACCGGCUUGGAUAAAAAAAAUUAAUCACAGCAUGAAAGACAGAGGACAUGCAUCCUCAAGUGUGUCCACAGGAAGCAAGAGUCAUAUCUCAAAAUUAAUUUCAGGUCUUCUUGUGGCUGCUGUAGCGUAAUUCUGUUACACGUGAUUUAUGUUUGUGUGCUUACAUGAGUUAUGCCUUAUUUCUUUAACCUAAAAGACAAUGUUAUUUCCAGCCUAAGUUACAGAAAGUUCAGAUGAAGUUAAGCUUUUCUUUUUAACCAAGGUAAAUAGAUUGGUGUUUGAUGCUGUUAAUUUCUCAGGGGACGUUGGUCGACAGAUUGGCUUUAAUUGAACUGUUUGUUAAAGGAUGCAUGACACGGCAAGGUUGCUGCUGUUGAGAGAUUACGGGUUCUGAUCAUUUUUAUUUAUUUUUUUAUGCAUACGCACUUUUGUUGGCCAGUGUCUGGAUUUUUCUUUUUUUUUUUUUUGGCUAUGCUUCCAGAAACAGUUGUAACCUUGUUGAAAUUACGUCUUGGAUGUUUCGAUUUUUAAACAGGCAUCAGUUGUUGUUGUUGUUGUUGUUGUUGUUGUUGUUUGGUUUUAAAAUGUAAUGUAAAGUUGUGCAUGAUUAUGCCUGCAAUUUGUGUGUAUAAUUUGUAAAUCAUAGCCUCACCCUGUGUAAGCACCUUUUCCUCUGCUCAAAAAUACAUGUAAUUUUUCAACUGAAAAUUAUUUGCAUUAUCUAUUCAUUCAUGUUAUUAUAGUAAAAUACGGUUUCUAUAUCACCCAAAUCUGAACUCUUCCAGGUUUCUGUUAAAGAUUAUUCCUAAAAUGUAAUUAAAAAAAAUAUUGUCUUGAAUGCCAUCAGACUGAUUUCUGUAAUAUAACCAUCAUGCUUCAAGUAAAAUUAUGGUUAUUUUAACACUU